AUGGCUCUGACCACAAGACAGACUACGAUAUUGCUGCUCGUGAACCUAUUGUACAAGAUUCAACCAAGCUAUGGCUGGCCAGCUGAGACUCCUAAUCUCUUCACUCGAGGGUCAGAAUCUUGUCCGGUCUCGUACAACACAUGUGGUAGUGGACUUCCAGACAACUUCUGCUGUCCCUCCACGUCCACCUGUAUCAGCCUGGACAACGCCAGCUCAGCCAUCUGCUGUCCAGCUGGAGCGAGCUGUGACUACAUUUCUCCAAUUGUCUGCGACAUCAAGGCACAAGACGCGAGUACUCAUCCCAAAAAUCCUAUCAAAACAACCAAUCUCACUGCCACUCUUUCCACAUGCGGCAAUGCCUGCUGUCCACUUGGAUACACAUGCCAGGCAGGCAACAUCUGCGCCUUGAACAAGGAUACCUCGCGCACCGCAACUUCCUCAAAUACGACCUCAUCCGCAAGUCCGUCAUCUGCUACAGAAAGUAGUUCAGUGACUAUCACGCCCGUCGUUGCCCCCGUUGCUUCGCCCACCUCGACGGGCACCAAUACAUCCACCGCUGUUGCAGCGCUCCCAACAACCUGCAACGCAUUUCCCACCAACGCCAUCAUCGCAGGAUUCUUCCCCGGCGCCCUCUUCGGUGCCAUCCUCUGCCUGCUCAUUACAGCCUGCCUUCGUCGCCGCGCCCAGAAGAAGGCUCUUCAAAAGUACGACCCCAAAUCAGGCCUACACUGGUCCAACCGCUCCUCCUCCGGCGCCGUCCUAGGAAUAUCCGGCCCCAUCCCCAACGAAGAAAACUCCUAUCGAACCGACUUCCUCCUGCGGUCCUCAGCCGGAGGACGCUCGUCCAUCAGCAGUCGGUCCAUGCUGCAACGGACCGGAUCUCGCGUCCGCAGCUUGUUUUCAGGUCAACCACGGCCCACGGAGAGAGACGUACCCCCCGUUCCGCAGCUGCAGGCGCAAGUCCCGGGGACUCCGCCGCCUCAGCGUCAGCCCAGCACGGAGAGUAUCAAGGUGUAUUCUCCGCCGGGAGCGUUCUCACAGUCGAGAAAGUUCUUGGGGCCAGAGCCGUAUCCGGGGAGUAUCUCGCGUCCGGAUACGACUUUUUCGGACCUCGUUCAGGCGGUUGGAUUCGGAAGUUCGAGGGAAAAUCUGACUCACAAGUUUACAGAAGUGAAAUUGUGA